AGAUUUACAAUCGCAAGAGGAGCUUGUUGGGUCAGGAAGUGGACUUUUAUGUGCCUGUUUUUACUUAAACUCAAAGGAAAGAUGAUGGCCCUUUUAAGUAAACGGUCAUGUUUGGCAAAAAUAAGUGCUAUUUGCCUUGCCGUCACUUUCAUUGCAUUAUUUCUAUAUUUUGAGUCACCUUUGUGUCCAUCUACAUCUACAUUAGCUUAUGAAUUAAACGCUGACGGCACUGACAAGCCCAUCGUCCUGCUGUGGUUCUGGCCUCUUGGUGUGAAGUUUGAUUUCAAAAUCUGCUCAACCUACUUCAACAUUAGUAGCUGCAUACUGACUGAUGAUAGAUCCAUGUACAGCAGAGCAGAAGGAGUCAUUAUCUUCCAUAAAGGUAUCAACUGGUACUGGAAUAACCUUCCCAAGGACCCACGUCCAUCUUUUCAGAAAUGGAUUUGGUUUCACGUGGAAUCUCCGACAAACACACUGAAGAUACCAGGUUUGGAAAACCUGUUCAACUUAACACUGAGCUACAGACGAGACGCCGACAUUGUGGUGAGGAAUGAGGUGACUAUCAAGAAAGAAGAGAUGAAGGACGUCUUUGUUCUGCCCAAGAAAGACAAUCUGUUGUGUUGGAUUGUCAGUAACAAUGCUGCGAGCACUGGAACAAGUACAAGAGAGAAAUAUUACAAUGAACUGUCCAAACAUAUAAAGAUUGAACUGUUUGGUUCUGCACAUACAGGGCGUCGGUUGAGCUAUGAAGACUAUUACCCAACCCUUGCUAGUUGUAAGUUUUACCUCUCAUUUGAGAACUCGCUCCACAAGGACUACUUUGUAGAAAAGGUAAAUGGGCCCCUCGUUGCAGGGUCGGUCCCUGUAGUUAUGGGUCCACCAAGAGAAAACUAUGAGCAGUUUAUUCCCAAUGGCUCCUUCAUUCACAUCAAUGACUUCCCUGACGCAAAAUCACUGGCAGAGUUUCUACAGCAGCUGGACAAGGAUGAUAAAGCAUACAUGGGUUAUUUUGAGUGGAGAAAGUAUUAUAAAGUGGUGCCUCAUCUUUUGUCAAUGCAGAAUGAAUUCAUUCAUCCCAUCUGUCUCGCCUGUGACCACAUUUCAAAAGACAAGGAGUACCAUGUAGUUAAUGACCUUUAUGAGUGGUACUUUACAUGAACACUGCUGUGACAUCAUUUUGUUAGAAGUUAUUAGGCAGUGAAGACACUAAAUAUCUCAGGGUUCUUGGUUGUUGAUUGAAUACUCUUAACAAACUCUUAAUUGGACUUAGUUUAUUGGUUCAUUUUUUAGACAACAAUAAGUUUUCCUUUACUUUGUAAACCAGUUUUGGUGUGUAUCUUCUGCCUUCCUCAGAACUGUUACCUGAUCAUCGUCAUCCAACAUCAACAAAACUUACCAUUACUUUCUGUCUAAAAAAGUUCAGUAGACAUAAUGAAUUUUCACAACAUAAGUCUUAAUUGUUUAUUGUUAUAAUUUAUAAAUUUAAAUAUUUUAUAAAUACAAAUCUGAUUUCUCUACUUUGAGAUGACAGAUGACAAAGAAUCAUGAUCAUAUUCUUAUUUUUUUCCUGUUUCCCAAAAUAAAAGCUUUG